UAAAAAGCGUCCCAGCAAAUUUUUUCUCGUCAUUUGCAGUUACUAGUUACAGUGAAACCUUGAUUAAUUUUUUUCGUCCGAAAAAACAAGAGGACUGUCUGAAGGGUGGUGCAAAGCAACUUUGGUUUUUGGUGGUUGUUGUGACGUGGCCAUAUUAACAGAGAUUCUCAUCGUCAAUAAAUCCUUCAGCAAUAUGAAAUAUUAUCUGCUGCUUGGUCUGCUUUUUUGUGCAGGCGUCACGCAAAUUGUCGCUGAUGCAGGCGAGGCCGAUGGCAGUCCCGAGACCAUUGAAUUGGAUCUGGGAUCCUUCAAAGAGGGCUCCAGAACAGAUGCCGAGACACUGAAGCGUGAAGAAGAAGCUAUUCAAUUGGAUGGCUUAAAUGUGGCUCAAUUAAAGGAAAUCCGGGAAAAGGCUGAAAAGUUCACAUUCCAAACGGAGGUUAACCGAAUGAUGAAGCUGAUCAUCAAUUCCCUGUACCGCAACAAAGAGAUCUUCUUGCGUGAACUGAUCUCUAAUGCUUCCGAUGCCAUUGACAAGAUCCGCCUGCUUGCCUUGACAGACCGCAAGGAGCUGGAGUCGAAUCCUGAACUGCAUAUUCGCAUCAAGGCUGACAAGGAGAACAAAGCGCUCCAUAUAAUGGAUUCGGGUAUUGGAAUGACGCAUCAGGAUUUGAUUAACAACCUGGGAACUAUUGCCAAAUCGGGAACAGCUGAUUUUCUAGCCAAGAUGCAGGAUCCCAGCAAAUCUGAGGGUCAGGACUUGAAUGACAUGAUAGGUCAGUUUGGUGUGGGAUUCUAUUCGGCCUUCUUGGUGGCCGAUCGCGUGGUAGUGACCACCAAGCAUAACGAUGACAAACAAUACAUUUGGGAGUCGGAUGCCAAUAGCUUCACCAUUACUGAAGAUCCACGUGGUGACACCCUGAAACGGGGAUCCAUUAUCUCGUUGUACCUGAAAGAAGAGGCCCAGGAUUUCCUUGAGGAAGAAACAGUGCGCGAGCUAAUUCGCAAGUACUCCCAGUUCAUCAAUUUCCCCAUCCUGAUGUGGUCUAGCAAGACAGUCGAUGAAGAAGUUCCAAUUGAGGAGGAAGAAGCCAAGCCUGAAAAGACCGAGGAUGAUGUCGAGGAUGAGGAUGCUAAGGUGGAAGAGGCCUCCGAGGACGAUAAACCCAAGACUAAAAAGGUGUCCAAGACAACCUGGGACUGGCUCUUGAUAAACGAUAGCAAGCCUAUCUGGACACGUAAGCCAUCUGAAGUCACGGAGGAUGAGUACACUAGCUUCUACAAGAGUUUGACUAAGGAUUCAAGUGAACAACUGACUCAGACCCACUUUAUUGCCGAAGGCGAGGUCACAUUCAAGAGUUUGCUGUAUAUACCAAAGGUCCAGCCUUCCGAGUCCUUCAAUCGCUAUGGCACCAAGUCUGACAACAUUAAACUUUAUGUGCGUCGCGUCUUCAUCACCGACGAGUUUAACGACAUGAUGCCAAACUAUUUGAAUUUCAUUCGUGGUGUGGUCGACUCUGAUGACUUGCCUUUGAAUGUGUCCCGUGAAACGCUGCAGCAGCACAAAUUGAUAAAGGUGAUCAAGAAGAAGUUGGUUCGCAAAGUACUCGACAUGAUCAAGAAGAUUGACAAGGAGGCCUACGAGAAAUUCUGGAAGGAGUUCUCAACCAACAUUAAAUUGGGUGUUAUGGAGGAUCCCAGCAACCGUUCCCGAUUGGCUAAACUAUUGCGCUUCCAGUCUUCCAAUGGCAAGGGCGUUACCUCGCUGGCCGAGUACGCUGAACGCAUGAAGUCCAAGCAAGAACACAUUUACUAUAUUGCUGGAGCUAAUCGCGCUGAAGUAGAGAAGUCUCCAUUCGUUGAGCGUCUGCUCAGCAAGGGCUAUGAAGUCCUGUAUCUAGUGGAGGCCGUUGAUGAAUACUGCAUCUCAGCCCUGCCCGAAUUCGAUGGCAAGAAGUUCCAAAAUGUGGCCAAAGAAGGCUUCAAACUAAAUGAAUCAGAGAAGAGCAAGAAGAACUUCGAGACCCUGAAGGGUACAUUCGAACCACUUGUCAAAUGGCUCAACGAUGUCGCCCUAAAGGAUCAAAUCGCCAAGGCUCAAGUGUCAGAGCGUUUGAGCAACUCCCCCUGCGCUCUGGUGGCCGGAGUUUUCGGCUGGACUGGCAACAUGGAGCGUCUGGCCAUGUCAAAUGCUCAUCAGAAGGCUGAUGAUCCACAGCGUACCUACUACCUCAACCAAAAGAAAACCCUUGAAAUCAAUCCCAGGCAUCCGCUAAUGCGGGAGCUCUUGCGUCGAGUUGAGGCCGAUGAAGCCGAUGACACGGCCAAGAAUAUGGCCCUCAUGAUGUUCCGUACAGCAACCCUGCGUUCUGGUUACAUGCUCCAGGAAACGGCUCAAUUCGCCGACAGCAUUGAGCAUAUGAUGCGCCAGACAUUGGGUGUAUCGCAGGACGAACAAGUCGAAUUCGAUGAUGACGAUGAUGAGACAGAGGACACCAAGAGUUCCUCCGAAAGCACAGGUGCCGACGACGAGGAAGAUGAGGAGCAGCAGCACGAUGAACUCUAAGCUAAGGCUUGUGGAAAACCAGACUGAGUUUACACACCAACAUUGCAUCAAUUUAGUGUUUAAGCAUUACAACAAUUUCGUAAAUCCUCUUUCUGUGGAAGAUGGUGGAGCUGCUCUCUGCAACAGUAACUACUUCUAAUGUUUCCAUUCGUUUUUUAAUGUGAAUUCAUUUAUGAAGUAUUCCAAAUGUAAUAAAGAUGUAACAAUACAGAAGAAAA